AGACCCUAACCAGCAAUGAGAGAGAGGCUGCUCCAGCAGUGGCUCAAGAGUUUGGCUCAAGAUACCUUAGUCAAGUACAUGAUCAAAUGGUGCCAGAGGGCCAUUGUCACGUUCCCCGAGAGAAGCAGCGUCUGCAAGGGGGUGUCCAUCAUGUUCUCUUUCAACAUGUUCGACCACCCGAUUCCCAGGGUUUUCCAAAACCGCUUCUCCACACAGUACCGCUGCUUCUCUGUGUCCAUGCUAGCAGGGCCUAAUGACAGGUCAGAUGUGGAGAAAGGAGGGAAGAUAAUUAUGCCGCCUUCAGCCCUGGACCAACUCAGCCGACUUAACAUUACCUAUCCCAUGCUGUUCAAACUUACCAAUAAGAAUUCGGACCGCAUGACACAUUGUGGUGUGCUGGAGUUUGUGGCUGACGAGGGCAUCUGCUACCUCCCACACUGGAUGAUGAAGAACUUGCUCUUGGAAGAAGGGGGCUUGGUCCAGGUGGAGAGCGUCAACCUACAAGUGGCCACAUAUUCCAAAUUCCAGCCUCAGAGCCCUGACUUCCUGGACAUCACCAACCCCAAAGCCGUAUUAGAAAAUGCGCUAAGGAACUUUGCCUGUCUGACCACCGGGGAUGUGAUUGCUAUCAACUAUAAUGAAAAGAUCUAUGAACUGCGUGUGAUGGAGACCAGUGAUAAGGCAGUGUCCAUCAUUGAAUGUGACAUGAAUGUGGACUUUGAUGAUCCCCUGGGCUACAAAGAACCUGAAAGACAAGCCCAGCAUGAGGAGUCGACAGAAGGUGAAGCUUACCACAGUGGUUAUGCUGGACAGCUGGGCUUCCGCGCCUUCUCCGGCUCUGGCAAUAGACUGGAUGGAAAGAAGAAAGGGGUGGAGCCCAGCCCCUCCCCAAUCAAGCCAGGAGAUAUUAAAAGAGGAAUUCCCAAUUAUGAGUUUAAACUUGGUAAGAUCACUUUCAUCAGAAAUUCGCGUCCCCUUGUCAAAAAGGUUGAAGAGGAUGAAGCUGGAGGCAGAUUCAUCGCUUUCUCUGGAGAAGGACAGUCGCUGCGUAAAAAGGGAAGAAAGCCCUAAGUGAGGACUGUUGGCUGUUUGGAAAAUAAUAAAAGAAUCAAUUGCAAAAAAAAAAAAAAAAAAAAA